AUGAGGUUUGAGAUCGUAUCAGGAAAUGUGAACAAUCAUUUUGGUUUUGACCCAUCCCAUGGAUCCAACACUCCUAAAUUGAUUCUCAAAGCUCCAUUUGACUUUGAGAGUCGAGUGGACCAUCUGAUGAGAUAUCGCCUUUCAGUUCACAUCAUAGAUGACAAUGUUAAUAAUUCCAAACCAAGGACAGGCAGUGUGCUGAUUGACAUUACUGUGAUUCAGACACAAACACCACCUCCACCAACAACAGCCUUUUAUAACAGAAAAGGACUAACCAUUGUUAACAAAGAAGUCAACACCUACAAUGGAGCUGACUGGUACGUUGCCUUAGUUUUCACACUGUUGGCAAUCCUGGUGGCUGGUUGCCUUGCUCUAAUAUUUCACCUCAUUUGGAAAUACACCAAAUGCAGAGAGAGUUGCCAAAAGAGCUGUGCACGACAACCCAAACCCCAACAAGCAAAAAAAGUAAAAAUCUACACACCAGAACCUAAGAAGACAAAAGUAGAUGUUAUAACGGAAGUAACAAAGUACAAUACCGUUUUCAAUGGGGAAGCAAAAGAUCCAGUCUCAGGGAAGUGGUACGAAUACAACAGUGAAACAGGAGCCAGGAAAUGGAAAGGUACAAAUGACCCGAAGGAGAUGAAGGCAGAUGAGAUGGCACUGAAUGAGCUGAGCACAAACACUGCAACGGAAACCCCUCAGUCUGUGCAACCCAGCCCACUGAAAGAGAAUGAAUACUCCACGGUGUAGAAAGAAUGCUAUUUCAAUAACAAUGCUGUGUUCACUCGCUCGUUAAUCAUUACACAAUCUGCAGAAAACACACCAAUAAUUUAGAACAAAUUGACUGGUGAUUGUUUCAAGUCGAAAUAAUAAAUAUUUAAUGCACAUGAUGAAUCCAUCAGGUUUUAAUUGUUUGCCAGAAACAACCUUACUACCAAGGAAACACGUCCUCCAUCUUCCAGGCUGUACUUUAUAAUGUUAAUGUCCUGCAAUUAUAACAGCUAUAAUAUUUAUUUAAUUGAAGGC